AUGACCACCAAUAUCCUCGUCUCUGCAUUUGCUCCCUUCCCCUCCUUGUCGUUGGCAGUGCCGUCGUUGACGCCUGUAUCAUCUAUCUUGCCUUUGCUUGAAGAGAGGUAUCCUCUUCUUCCAGUGGACUCACUUCGACUCUCCACCCAUUCUGGGGCUCCUCUCAUAGACGAAGCACCUCUUUCAACACUCCUCAAUGACUCUGAUUUCUUGACGCUUCGUCUCACACCUCGACUCCUCGGUGGUAAGGGAGGUUUUGGGUCUCAGCUGCGGGCGGCAGGUGGGCGUAUGAGCAGCCAGAAGACAAGCAACAAUGAUUCAUGUCGGGAUCUGAGUGGGAGGCGAUUAAGCACCAUAAAGGAGGCGAAGAAGCUGGCUGAGUAUCUUGAAGCAGAACCCGAGCGCGCCGCUGCCAAGGCUGAAGCUCAGAAAGCAAAGCUGGAAGCUCUUGAGCGUAAAUUAGGCAUCGAGCCGAGGAAAGGAUCCAGUAGCGGAACAAGCACUCCAGGACAGUCCGAGCCUACACCGCUGGCAGGCAAGAAGCAUCGGUUUGACGAUACGGAAUACUUGGAGCAGAGCAAGGAGCUAGUGGAUGGUGUCAAGAACGCGGUGUCUGCUGGUAAGUAG